AAAAGUCAAAAGAAUUUUAUGUUGCAUGGUACAUUGGGUUUAGAAUUUAAUGUGUUUAUUGUUUACCUGAUGUGAACUGUAAUUUUGUUUGUUUAUUUGUGUUACGAAUUCUGGAAAUGCUGUGGGGAUAUGUUAUUUCUAUAUAGGAAAAGAAACUAACAUGAAAGAUUUUGAGCAGGCGUAUGUGAAGAUGUCACGGACAGUCGGGGUCAAAGGGAGGUAGCAAAGGAUGUUGGGAGAGAGAGCGGGAAGAACGGGAAAAAGCGACGAAGAAUGAGAGCGAAAUUGGCGGAUGUGCGCACGGAGUGAGGAAAAUGUUUAAAUUAUUAACUUUUGCCAGUGUUUGGGGAAAGUGUGCGACCAGGACUCUUUCUGUGACUUAAAUGGUGAAAGUUAUCAGUCGAGUGGAUAACUCAACUGGGAAGUACCGUUAGCUACUGAGUCAGUGGCCAACUCAUUAGCAUCAACUUAGCCAGGCAGCUAGCGACGAGCUAACUCCUUAGAGAAGCUGAUGAUGCGACAAGCCUGACGAGGGGGACGUGACGGAGCUAGACUGGUUGCUGAGCUGAGGACUUUGCCAUCAUCGUCGGCUGCGGAUGAAGCUCUCCACGGGCGAAUGUGAAGCGGCUUCUCUUCUCUCAUCUCUAGUUUGUGCGGGCCUUGGAUUGUGUGUGUGUGUGUUCAGCUACUGCUACAGGUACCUAUUUUAUUUUGCCUACGGGUGAAACGGCAUUUUGUUUGAGGCCACAACGCUCAGAAGCUACAUUCAGGCCUGCAAAACAGAAGCUCCUUUGAGUUCACUACUGCACCACCUCCCACCACAGGUCUCAAAAUGGAAGCGGCUGACAUUGCUGUGGUUGUCAUCUAUUUUAUCUUUGUCAUGGUGGUUGGAAUAUGGUCAUCAGUGCGAACUAAUCGUACAACUGUCAGGGGAUAUUUCUUGGCUGGUCGUUCAAUAACCUGGUGGCCUAUUGGAGCCUCUCUGAUGUCCAGUAAUGUUGGCAGCGGUUUGUUCAUUGGUCUGGCAGGAACAGGAGCAGCUGGAGGCAUUGCUGUUGGGGGAUUUGAAUGGAAUGCAGUGUGGGUCCUGGUGGCACUGGGUUGGAUCUUUAUCCCCGUCUACAUCUCUGCCGAAGUAAUGACCAUGCCUGAAUAUCUAGCCAAACGCUUUGGAGGGCAGAGGAUACGCAUAUACAUGUCUGUUUUGUCACUUAUUCUCUACAUUUUCACCAAAAUAUCUACAGAUAUCUUUUCAGGAGCCUUGUUUAUCCAGGUGUCUUUGGGCUGGGAUCUCUAUCUGUCAACAGGCAUACUGCUGCUGGUCACGGCUGUUUACACAGUGGCAGGUGGCUUGGCAGCAGUGAUCUACACUGAUUCACUUCAGACUUUGAUCAUGGUUGGGGGAGCAUUUGCACUAAUGUUCAUAGCAUUCUCCAAAAUUGGAUGGUAUCAGGGCCUUGUGGAGCAUUAUAUGGCCGCUGUCCCCUCUGUGACAGUUGCCAACACCACCUGCCACCUACCUCGUAGUGAUGCCUUCCGGUUAUUCAGAGACCCAAUGUCAGGGGAUUUACCCUGGCCAGGUCUGGUGUUUGGGCUCACUGUACUGGCUACAUGGGUCUGGUGUACAGAUCAGGUUAUAGUCCAGAGGUCUUUGUCAGCCAAGUCUUUGUCUCAUGCCAAAGCAGGCAGUGUGUUGGGAGGCUACCUCAAAAUGCUGCCCAUGUUCUUCAUUGUCAUGCCAGGCAUGAUUAGCCGGGCGUUAUUCCCUGAGGAGGUCAGUUGUGUGGAUCCAGUAGUGUGUCAGAGUGUGUGUGGAGCUUCGGUUGGUUGUUCCAACAUUGCCUACCCUAAACUAGUGGUGGAGCUUAUGCCAGUAGGUCUUCGUGGUCUGAUGCUAGCAGUCAUAUUGGCUGCUUUGAUGUCAUCUCUGACCUCCAUCUUUAACAGCAGUGCCACCCUGUUCACACUGGAUCUUUACCACAGAGCCCGGCUUAACGCUUCAGAGAGGGAACUCAUGAUUGUUGGAAGAGUUUUUAUCCUGGUCUUGGUGUGUGUUAGUCUGUUGUGGAUUCCAGUCAUCCAAACAGCCAAUAGUGGACAGUUGUUUGACUACAUCCAGUCAGUGACCAGCUUUCUAGCUCCACCCAUUACUGCUGUUUUCCUAAUGGCUAUCUUCUGGCCACGUGCCAAUGAGCAGGGUGCAUUUUGGGGUCUGAUGACUGGACUAGCGGUGGGACUUAUCCGCAUGGCUCUGGAGUUCUCCUAUGUGACCCCCUCCUGUGGUCAGCCUGAUCAUCGGCCUGCUAUCCUGGUCAAUGUCCACUACCUGUACUUUGCUCUCAUAUUGUUCGCUCUCACCUGCUUCAUCAUUGUUGCUGUCAGCUUGGCCACUGCACCAAUAUCUAAAGAUCAUCUGUUCAGGCUGACCUGGUGGUCCAGAUAUAGCCAGGAGCCUCGGAUCGACCUCACAUGUCCCCAGGUGACCUCUGAAACAAUGAACUCUGAUUCUGGCCACUUGCCAGAUCCCUGGUGGCUGAUAGCUGUUCUGUGGCUCUGUGGUUUGACUGGUGCAAGAUCUGGUUCUGUAUCCCCAGUGACUGAAAACACUGAACUGAAAUACCUGAAGGAGAAACCAAUCUGGAGAAGAGUCUGCAACGUUAAUGCCCUGUUGCUACUUGCUGUUAAUGUGUUUCUUUGGGGAUACUGGGCCUGAUGUGUAUUAAAUCCUAAACAAGUUUUUGGUAAAGAGAGACAAUACUGGACAGGCAUUUGAUUGUUGAAAAAUGCUUUCUUGCAAUGAAAGGCAAAAACAAUCAGCUGCAUCUACUGGAUGUAUAUUCUAUGCAUUAACGGGCUAUUAAGUGACAAAUGUCUUAUCAAGAAAGAUAUUAAUGUUUUACAAUGAUCAUAGUACACUCCACAUUUAUCCACCGAUAAAGUAUGUAAUCAGUGUUAAAAAUAAAUCUGUAUCCUAUGUGGGCUGUAUUCAAGCACUUAUUCAGAAAACCCUCCCACAAGUGUGGGUGCAGUAUGUAUAGACAAUAAAUGAGAAGUGAUGGUAAAGAAAAAAA